CGACUAACCCUUUUAUUCACAUGACACUUCGGAAAAGUUCAUUCACUGUCAGUGUCAACUUCACAUGACAAAAUAGAAGCCAUCGAAAAGGCUUAGUGGAAUCAAAGAGAGACUUGUGUCCAGUGCAAGUAAAUAUUGAUUUCCACGCAGCUUUAACAGCAUCUCAUGCCCCAUGUGGUGAAAAAGAGGGAUGACAGAGGACAAUGAGGGACACAAUUAACACACAGACUGUGCCGGACACUGGUAUAAUUACUGUGGAAUCAGAGGAAGUGGACGAGAUCCACUUUGGACACAUUCCCCAAACUCCCUCACACAGCUGGCCCAAGGCAAUAGGAAUAGUACAAAUAUGUAGUGGUUUUCUCACCACCAUAUUAGCUAUUGUGGAGGUGUUUUAUUUGCCCCUUGUAAAGGAGCUAGACAAACCCUACCCCAUCUUUUUGGGACGCAGAAACUGCUAUGGAGCAGGUCUUAUGGCUGGCACAUUUAUGGUGCUUCUGGGCAGUACUGCAGUCAGAGCUUCCAUUAGUAAAAGAGCUACCUCGAUAAAGAAAUUCUUUUCCCUCACUCUAUUUACUCUGGUGUUGUACACGGGGAUUACAAUAUUUCUUAUCAUCGGUUAUGUGAAUAAAUGGACAACAAAAGAUGCUAGUCAGGGGGACAAUUAUUUAUACGAGAUACACAUUUUUGUGACCAUUAGUACCAUUAUUGGUUUUAUAUUUGCUGUUACGGCUUUCGUACAGUACUAUGAACUUGUGUGUUUUGGUGAAUAUAACCUCCACCAGUCCAUCAUUCUCUGUCUGCUGCCUUGCAUAUGUUCGAGGCCAUCCAACACAUCCCAAGAAAGCCUAGUCAGCAACCCAUUCUGAGGACAAAUUGAUUUCUUUUCUCUGCUAUCUAUCAUUUUCUAACUGCCAUGCCCUGCCUAAUGUUGACAAUACAUGUACUAGAAAAAGUGCUUUUAUCAAUUUAUAGUGCUGUUUACAACAUGCAUAAUAAUUGCACAUACAUUGCAUUAUAAUUUGUUGAAUUAGCUCACCUGAGCUAUAACCUCAGUCAAGUUUUUCUGAUCACCCAUUGUCCAUAGUCUGUCAAUUCAUUUAUAAACUUGACACAUUUUUGGACUUUUGCUCUAGAAUGAAUGGGUCAAUUUUAACCAAACUUUGUACAAAGCAUACUUGGGUAGGGAAUUCCAAAUUGUUCAAAUGAAGGGCCAUUCCCCUUUCCAAGGGUAGAUAAUUGAGAAAGGUAAAAAUUAGGGUGGGGUCAUUUAAAAUAUUUUUUCUCAAAACCCACAGGGCAAUUAAAGAUGAAACGUAUGUUAAACCUUCCUGACAUAGUGUAGAUUCUAAAUUGUUCAAAUCAUGGCCUUAGGGGAUAGGAUGGGACAAUGAUAGGGGAUCAUUGUUUGACAUAUGAAUGCAUAGAAAUUUUUUAAAAUGCAUCCUUUCAAGAACAGAAAAACCAUGAUCAGUCAUAUUAAUAUGCAAGUAUCAUAAGGUAGUACAGAUUCCGGUUUGUUUAUAUCAAUGACCCAAGGGUAGGUUUGGGCCAAAAUACAAAAAGUUUUGCAUGGAAAUAUAUGGUGAGAAUUUUUAAUUUUAAAUCUUCCUUUCAAGAACAACAAGGCCAUGGUUGGUAUGCAAUCACCUUCAGGUUGUGCAGAUUCAAGUUUGUUUAAAGCAUGGUCCCGGGAGGUAGGGUGAGGCCACAACAAAGGAUCAUCUUAUGUUUGGAAUACUGUAAACGUACUUUUUUUCCACGGGUUUAUUCAUAAGUCCGCGGAAUCACAAUUUCUGUUUAUUCCGCGGGUAGAAAAUUGGGCGGAUUUCUUAGAUUGCCACUUAAUGUCUUUCAUUUACUUUAAGUACGCUGGGAUAAAUUUCCGCGGAAAAUUUGUGACCGCGUACAUAGCGUAAAUUAAUACCGCGCGGAAAAAAGUACUUCUACAGUAUAUAUUAUUUUUAAAAAGUUUUUCUCUCAAAAACCAGUGGCCAUGAUUAUUCGUUCUAAAAUGCAAACAUUCCAAUGUAGUGCAGAUUCAUAUUUGAUCAAAUCGUGGCCCCUUGAUGAGCUAGGAUGUGGCUAAAAUAAGGAUUCAAAGUUUUACAGGAGUAAAUAGAGGAAAUUUUAAAAAGUCUUUACAAAAAUAGUAGGGUCACACUAUAUCAUAUUAAUUGCAAAUAUUUCCAAGUUCUGUGGAUUCAAGAUUUUUUGGGGUUCAAGUUAUGGACCCUGGCAUUUGGGUGGGGCUAUAAUAAGGGGCUAGGAUCAAACUUUACAUAAUACAUGAAUGUAGAGAAAAAAUCAUUUUGAAGUCUUCUCUAGAACGUGAAGACCAUGUUAGUUAUAUCUCGGGGUUAAGCCAGUUUUGACCUUAAACUCCUCAUAGUUAUGAGGAGUUUCGGGUCAAAUGGGCUUAACCCGUGAGUAAUAUUGAUAUUGAAGCAUCCACUUAUUGUGUGCAUUUAAGUGUGAUUAAGUCGUAACCCCAUGUGUCUAGAGUGGGGUCAGAAUUUUUUGUUGGAAUAAAGAAUCUUUUGAAAAACAGCAGGGCCAAAGUGACUCGGCUGAGCAUUGUGGUCUAUGGGCCUCUUUACUGAUAUUUAUAGAUAUUGCAUGGACAGAGAUUUGUACUUUCGUUAUACAGCAUUUCAAUUUGGUUUUGUGUUAUGUUUGAAUUAGUUGCAGAUUGUGCAGUCUCUAAGAUGCUUUCUUGUCAUUUUUUUUUUUUUUUACACAGUAUGAAGAUGACUAGCACAGACUGCAGGAAUUUUAAUAUGUAUGUUUUGUGAAUAAUUUUGUUUGAUCAUAUAAUACACCCAAGUAUAUACAGUAACAUAUACAUUGUACGAACAAUUGGGAUCCAAAUGUGAAAAAUGUGCAAUACAUGUAUGUACUUAAAUGCAGGAUUCGCAGAAAAAAAUAAUCAAAAUUUGCAUGUACAGAGAUAUGCUGCAAACUGUGAAUGCACUAAUUGUUACAAUCAAGUUUAUAGGACUGGAUUUUAGCUUCAACAAUUUAUUCCUUUUUACAGUAAAUUUAUAUGGUGUGUGCAGUAUUAAAUUCUCGAUAUGCUGCAGUAUUUUUGAAACAGAGCAUACAGGGGUAUUCUUUUGGUUUUUGCCACUUAUUCUAGUCUAUGAAAAAGACACACAAUACUGUAUGCAAAUGAGAAUUUAGUACUAAUAUCUUUGUUACCUAUAACUUAACUGUUACUAAAGAAUAAACACUCUGUAUUGGUACAGUGUAUACAAAAAUUAUGACGACUACACUAUUUCACUCAGUGUUUCUAAGUUGUGUUUGAAUCAUUAUUCGUAAUCAACCUGUGAAACUCAUAUUAUUUUUAGAUAACUAUAUACAAAUGAGAUCUGAUUGUACAGCUGUGUCACUGGUGUACUGUUUAAUUAAACCAUUUCCUAAGUUAUAAAUUUUAUUACAAUUUG